AUGGCAUUCAAGUUUGUAGCUUUCUUUGCUUUGCUCGCCGCAGCCAGUGCUGGUAUUGUACCUGCCGCCCAGGUAUAUCAUGCUGCCCCAGCUGCCGUUGUCAAAACUGUAGCUCCCGUACAUGUGGCUGCCCACCAAGUUUUGGCCAAGGCUGAUGAUGAAUUUGAUCCUCAUCCUCAAUACAAAUACGGUUAUGAUGUACAAGAUGCCGUUUCUGGUGAUUCCAAGAGCCAGGUUGAGGAACGUGAUGGUGAUGUGGUACGUGGUGAAUACUCAUUGAUCGAUGCUGAUGGUUUCAAACGUACCGUACAAUACACUGCUGAUGAUGUCAAUGGUUUCAAUGCUGUCGUCCAUCGUGAACCUUUGACUAAGACUGUUGUUGCUGCUGCCCCAGCUGUGGUGAAAACUGUUGCUCCAGUUGCCCACUAUGCUGCUCCCGCCGCUGUUGUCAAACAUGUCGCUCCAGUUGCCCACUAUGCUGCUCCUGCUGCUGUUGUUAAGACUGUUGCCCCCGCCUACACCACCUACUCAGCUCCAGCUGUCGUAAAGACUGUUGCUCCAGCUUACACCACCUACUCUGUACCUGCUCACCACCAUCAUUAAAUACCAUU